AAGCUUGCUGAGUUGCCUAAGCAAGGUACGAGAUUGAAAAGCUUGAUCACUAUUGUAUACAAUACUUUUUCUACAAGUCAUCUAAAAUAUUACUUUUUUUAGUAUAAAACCUAAAUAAAUAAUGAAAAUUGGUAAGUCUCUGUAGACAAAAAUGUUGACAUAAACACGCGACUCCCACCCCGCGCCCUUAAUUGGUAAAACAUACAACUGACUAAAGCGUAUCGAAAUAAAUCUUAUAGUUGAGCUGGGAGCCAGUACAUGAAAAGUACGCAAUUAUAGUUUGGUAUACGAAAUCUUAAUUCUACCAAUACGGACGACGAGUAGAAAAACAUUAUUUUGGGCAGAUUAUUGUAUAAUAUUUUACAUGUGGUGGACAUUUUGUUCUGAAAAGUAAACUAUUUUUCCUUUAAAUCGCUAGAGGUGACGAUCCACCUUUUUAUAAUGCAAACAUAUUAACAAGGAGUUCCCCCCUUAACGCCCUUCAAGCUCUCCGAUUGGUCGCCAGCCGCCCCGCCCUCAACCAAUCACAGCGCGACUCUACAACCCCUUGAAAUUGCAUUUUUUAUCAGUCUACAAUUAGCUGUGGCUGGAAGCACUCAUGUUAUGAGUCGCGUUGAGGUGUGAGUGAAGUGUUGCUUGUAGUGAAUUAUUGUCAGUUUUUAUGCCAACCGUGACGAAGAGUGGUGUAUUAACUGCGAACCAGAACGCAAUGGCGUCGGAUCAAGAAUCGUGCUCCGACGAGGAGCCAGAUAGCGAAAUGCUGAGCGACGACUUGUGUCUUCCAGAUAGCGACGAUGACCGACAGAACCUCCCUGUUCAGAGUUUGCACGAAGACCUACCGGCAAUCAACUCCUGUCUACUCCGGCCUCCUCGCAAACUAUUCACAAACUGCCGUGAACGCUGGCGUCAGCAGAACGUGAGUGGAGCCUUCGCUGAGCUCCGUCGUCUUGUGCCUACUCAUCCACCGGAUAAGAAACUCUCUAAGAAUGAGAUUCUCCGCAUGGCUAUUAGGUACAUCGGUCUCCUCUGCGAAGUCCUAGAAUGGCAGAAGAAUCACGGCCUCACCAACAAAGAGAACACCGCUCUUGCCAUCAAAUGCGAGUCCCCCCUCAGCCCGCAAACUCGCCGGCUACGCCUCAAGCGACCCUAUUUCGAGGACGACGGCCCCAGACCCAAGGUCUUCAUCGAAGAGGCUUCUAAAUACGGGAAUGAAGAGAAUGAGGAACGCAGAACCCAACGUACCUUUACCUGCACGAAGACAGAGUACAUUUUUGGGAAAGACCAUCUCCGUGUGCUCAGGAACCAUUAUUAUUAUCCCCCAAGAUGGCGACAGAAUGUUCCGUUCAGGAAUUUAACGCCGGAUAAGAAUGGAAAUAAUUUGCUGAUGAUUGCACCUCAGAAUGGGAAAGAGGAUAAGUUUAAGGAAAAAGAUGAUGGGAAGGAUGGCAAGUAAGAGGUUGGGAAGAGUUUUAAGCCAAAAAUUGAGGUACGGUCCAGGAAUUUAAUUUCAGUGCCACAUCGUUUUGUCACAGUGACAAAUAUUAUUAGUUCCCUAGCGACUUUCAUUUCUUUUCAUCACAUUUGCUGGAAAAAGACCUUAUUUCAUGCAGGUGUACUGAAGGACAAAGGCCUAUAUUGUUCCCGCGGGAGUUAUGGAUUCUGAAAAAAUCCCUAGGGAGUUAUAGCUCUAUUGUUCAAUUAUGUUACUUAUUCAUACAAACCAAGUAGCAUAAAUGAGUCUUACUUGUAGAAUACUGACGUUUAUAAUUUAAUAUUUUUAAUUAUGUUUAAAAUUAUUUAAUUUGAUUAAUUUACGAGCCGUUUAAAAUAUUUUUACAUCAUUUUCAAUAGCUGAAUGCCGAAUAGCUCUGUGCAUUCGAUGCCUAACUUGUCAAGAAAUUACAAAAUGGCGGACGAAUGUUUUAUAUGUCACCGUAUUUAAGAAUUAUUUCAAUUUAAAUUUAGUUUUCUCUUCACAAGUGUGAUGAAAAACAUUGUGUGUAACUCCGGGGGUAAGAAUAUUGCAAACUCGGGUCUUUAAUUACCACCCUCGAAUCAAAAAUGUCACUUACCCCCCUUGUUGCGCAAUGUACUAUUGUCACUAUCCAAGAUACGAAAUGGUACUGAAAUUAAAAAAAAUUGUACCCGUAAAAUGUUGAACGUAGAUUGUAUGUAACUCUACUGAGUAAUUUUAAAAUUGAUGUCAAUGUUACAUAUCGGUUAUUUUAAUUUUAUAAUUUUUCGUAAUUUGUAUCAAAACUUUGUAACCAAGUAUAUAAUAAAAUGAACUUAUACCUAAGUUAAGUGUACUGUGUAUGCUGAAAGUAUGUAACUUAACGAUGCAACUUUUAAAAGUUAUUUUCCCCAUUGGAGUAGACAGAUAUUCUUCUUCUUCUGGUACCAUGCCCAGCCUAAUGGACGUCGGCGGUCAGCAUGGCAUUCAGCUCUCUGGUCUUCAAUCUCUUGAGGGUGGCUGCAUCUUUUGUAUGCGUUCAGUCUUUCCAUUUAUUUCUGGGUCUACCUCUCCCUGUUUUUCCCUCAUACUUUCCCUCGAUGAUUGUCUGCAGUAAGUCAGACAGAUAUUAAAUAUAUAUUAUUUGUUUCAUGUAAACCAGUGGUUAUUAGAAUUUAAGGAUGACUCACGCUAGAACGGCCUGGGCCCGGACCGAAGCAUCAGAUACUUCCUUCUUCUUCCUUUGCUUUCUUAUCAAAAGCAUCACGUUUUCACAGAGAACGGAGAACAAAAACGAAGAAUAAAAAACGAAAACGAAGAGUCGGAGGCCUCGUCAAACUUAGCAGUGAGGUUUUAUGUUCAAUUGCUGUGAUCUGUGUUAGGUUAAGAUAGUGAUUAUUGGUAGUCAGUUAAUUUCAAAUUAGUUUGCGUUUAAAGAACUGUCCUAUGUCUAAGAUCAUCAUCAUUUGAGGCAUUGCAGCCUUAGCCUGGUUAAGCAAAUCUCUCCAGUCCGGUCUAUUGAUCGCCUUCUCCAACUUGUCACUCCUAAGAUUCUGAUAUGUUGGUAUACGCCGUCCGACCAUCUGAUCUUGGGCCUGCCUUUAUUUCUGCGGCUCUCGGGUCGGCCUUCUAGAAGGCGUUUGGGUACUCUGGCCUAGUCCAUCCGUAAAAUGUGCCCUACCCAUAGCAAGCAUCCUAUCUUUAUGGUGUUUAUGUCUGAGUAAGUAUACAGUAUUAAGUAAUUGCUGUAUCUUAUUGUUAGAUAAUUUUAUUUUCACAGCCAAGAUGUUCGAUCAGAUAACAUAUCAAUAAAUUAAUAUUUUUAAGUAGAUGAUCGUCUUAAACAUUAAGUAUACUUAAUAGGGUAAAGUAUCCAAUCAUUGACACUGAAAGGAGUACGAGCCAUUGCCAUGUAUUUUUGUAGUGCCUUAAGUCACUACUGGCUCAAAAGAAGAUCGAAAGCAUAGUACAAAAAGUGGGGAAGUAAGUUACCUUCAUACAAACGCACCGCCACAAAGUAAAUAGCGGCGGCGCGCGCCGGAGCAGAGAGUUCGCUCAGUACAAAGCGCCAUUUUCGCCGCACGUACACAGACGUGACAUUUACGCACACAGGCGUUACAUUUACAGGCGUUUUCGGGCACUCUCGGGCAGUGCGCGCGUUGCUCACUUGACGUCCCCGCCGCUACGUAGGUAACUACUGUCAUGUACGUCAAAAUGCAGUCUCUAAGGAAUGUAAACAUGAUAAGAUGUAUGUAUAAACGAAUCGAUGUAUGUAUAUUCUAUGUCUGUAAACUUAUAUUACCUAAUCCUUUUUAAAAUUCGAAAUUAAUACAGAAGCAACCCUAGUGAGUCGGGCAAGUUUAGGUAUGUAUUUUCAAGAACGGCGGGAACGGACCUUCUGUUUAUUUUUUAUUUUGUGGCAUCGCGCGCGGCUUGUAUGUGUGCGCCGCCAUAGUAUCUUUACGUCGCCACACGCACACUCAAACAUAAGCCCCGACUGGCGCACUGAGAAACAGGUCGAGAUUUUGUUUGAGUGUGCGUGCGUGCGUGCGAGCGACGCAUAGAUACUAUGGCGCACACAUACAAGCCGCGCGCGGUGCGUUUGUAUGAAGAUAACCUACUUCCCCACUCUUUGUACUAUGUCGAAAGUGUCAACGGGUAGGGUGGCAAUCUAUAUCUUAUGUGUUUACAUUAUAAAUUACUUUUUGUGCAAAUUAGUUUCAUAUUAACCUAAUGUAAAAAAUGAAUAUGUAAUAUAAAUAUACAAACAAACAUACCUGUAGUAUUUUUGAAAUACCUUUUCCUACUCCAAAUUCUUCAAAAUCAAGAAAAGCACGUAAAUAAUUACUGUUAAUUAAAUGAUUUUUGUCGUGUGAAUGAAGUGUUUGAAUCGCACUGAACCCUGUCGGAUGUUCUUCAAUGGUGGUAUAACCUAACAAAAUUAAGAAUGCUCCUUAUUGCACUACUCCACACCUAAUAGAAAACAGUACAAGUUAUAAUCAUAAAAGUAUAGUUAAAUAAUACAAUGGGCAGUCCAUUUAAAAUACAGUGUGUCCCUAGCCAUAUCCUCAAAGAAUAGUAUGGAAACGUCUUCGACCUCUUCGAUCUUUUUAGGGUUCCGUAGUCAACUAGGAACCCUUAUAGUUUCGCCAUGUCCGUCUGUCUGUCUGUCUGUCUGUCUGUCCGAGGCUUUGCUCCGUGGUCGUUAGUGCUAGAAAGCUGAAAUUUGGCAUGGAUAUAUAAAUCAAUAAAGCCGACAAAGUCGUACAAUAAAAUCUAAUUUUUUUUUUAGGGUACCUCCCCUACACGUAAAGUGGGGGUGAACAUUUUUUUUGCUUCAACCCUACAGUGUGGCAUAUCGUUGGAAAGGUUUUUCAAAACUAAUAGGGGUCUUCGACAAUCAUUUUUUGAUAAAGUGAAUAUUUUCGGAGAUAAUCGCUCCGAAAGAAAAAAAAAUGUGUCCCCCCCCUAACUUUUGAACCAUAGGUCCAAAAAAUAUGAAAAAAAACUUGGAAGUAGAGCUUAAGAAAGACAUUAAAUGAAAACUAUAGCGGAUAUGAUCAGUUUAGCUGUUUUUGAGUUAUCGCAAAAAGUUUCCCCUUCAUAGUAAAAAGACGUACACCCACAGUUCAUCCCUUGGUUAACAAUCUACCAUACUUUAAGCUCCAGUUUAGCUUUUUGUGACGGAAGAGUAACUACGGAAUCCUACUCUGAGCAUGGCCCGACAUGCUCUUGGCCGGUUUUAUUUAUUUAU